AUGACCUCUCCUCCAUUCGGAUAUGUGUACGAUGAACGAAUGUUGGAGCACAAAUGCAAUUAUGAUGGUACGAUGGCAGAACGACCUGAACGAAUGGCUUUAAUUCAUGAUAAGCUUUCAAGAGAUGGGUUGCUGAAGGAUGCCGUAAAGAUCGAAGCCCGAGACGCUACAGAAGAUGAGCUGAUGCUUGUUCAUGCUCGUGACCUGAUACAUGGCCUGGAUUCCCUCAAAACCGAUGAAGAGUGUGAAGACUUCUGUAGGGACAAGGAGAUCUUAUGGCUUUGUCCCGAAAGUGCUAAAGCAGCUCGCCUUGCGGCUGGAGGAACAAUCGACCUUGUUAAAGCGAAUGUUGAGGGAAGGUAG